AUGGACCAGGAUCAAUUGAACGACAUGGCUCUGCGUUGUCCGCAGUCGAGCCGAUACCGAGUCCCGGAUGAACACAAGUUUAGCUGCCCAGAGUGCAGCGGCGAGUUUGAAAACAUUAUAAAACUGUUCAAUCACAUCCAAAGGGGAGUGGCCUGCAAGCAAGCUCUAGGUAGGGAGGAUCCUCGAGGCAAAGUUUUGCUGUUCUUGGAAAGUAGCAUCGUUCGCCAUAAAUGA